AUGGCGAUUCACACGGAAGGCGUGGCGGCGAGGUCACUCCUCACCUCUGAGAAGCCGACAGUUGAGAUCGUCGAGACUGUCAAGCCCGUCGAGCAACCCAGGACCGUCACAGACCUUCUUUUGAGAAGGGUAGAGGAGGCACCAGAUGUCGAUGUUCUGGCAUACCCGGCAACGGCCCGUGGAAGAGAUGAUUAUGUCAACUAUACCGCCAAGGACCUUGAUCGGUUUGCCGAUGAAGCCGCGCGCAAAUAUGCCCAAGCUGGGCUUCUCCCAGAGAACCCAAACUCAGCCCAAGCAGAGGUUAUCGCGCUUCUUGCCAACUCAGAUAUCAACUAUGUAGUCACCAUGUUCGCCCUGUCAAGGAUGGGCUUCGCGGUGCUCUACCUCUCAACGCGUCUCUCCCCUGAGGCCUACGUUAAUCUCCUCAAGAAGACGAACUGCAACCGCGUCGUCAUCUCAGACCGCUACAGCAGCAUAGCCUCCGAAAUCAGCGAGCAAUACCCCAUCUCAUCGUUCAGCAUUCUCGACAGGGUCGACUACGACCUGCCCACGCCCUCGGGCGAGCGCUUCCCCAUCUUCUCGCACCCCAAGGCCUCCCAGCGCAUCUCUUUCAUCGUCCACUCAUCCGGCUCGACGGGUCUGCCCAAGCCCAUCUUCCAGACGCACGCCGCCUGCGUCUCCAACUACUCGAGCGGCAUCCCUUACCGCGCUUUCCUGACGCUGCCGCUGUUCCACAACCACGGCAUCUCAACGCUCUUCCGCGCCAUCGUCGCGGGACACAGGAUCGCCAUCUACAACGCUAACCUGCCGCUCUCGGGGACCACGCUGGUGAAAGCCAUGGCUGCGACGGAGCCGGGAAGUUUGCAUUGCGUGCCGUACGCAUUGAAGCUGCUCGCAGAGACUGAGGGCGGCAUUGAGGCGCUGAAGAAGCUUAGGCUGGUGCUGUAUGGCGGCAGCAGUUGUCCCGAUGACCUCGGUGACCGUCUCGUCGAGGAGGGUGUGUAUCUCGUCGGACACUACGGUGCAACAGAGAUGGGCCAGCUCAUGACCUCGUUCCGUGAGCCCGGAGACAAGUACUGGAACUACAUGCGCCCCCUCGCCUCGGCCAAGCCCUGGCUGCGCAUGAUCCCCAUCGCAGGCGAUGUCUACGAGUGUGUCGUUCUUGAUGGCCUCCCGUCAAAGGUCAUGUCCAACUCGGACGACCCGGCCCCCAACUCAUACCGCACCCGCGAUACCUUCGUCCCGCAUCCUACCAUCCCCGACGCCUGGCGGUACCUCGGCCGUCUCGAUGACCGCGUCACCCUCGUAAACGGCGAGAAGGUCCUCCCCAUCCCCUACGAGAACCACAUCCGCGAGCACGAGCUCGUCCAGGAGGUCGUCGUCUUCGGCGUCGGCAAGUCCAUCCCCGGCCUAAUCAUCAUCCCCAGCGAGAACGCCAAGGACCUGUCCAAGGAGGAGAUCCUCAAGACCCUCAGCCCGGUCAUCGAGCAGGCCAACGCGCGCGCCGAGGCGUUCGGCCGCGUCUCCCCGGAGAUGAUCGAGGUCGUCGACAUCGGCACGGAAUACCCCCGCACCGACAAGGGCACCGUCAUCCGCGCUGCCUUCUACAAGCAGUUCGCCGACCUCAUCGAGGACGUCUACCGCCGCUUCGAGGCCCCUACGGACGACGUCGGCGGCGAGCUCGUCUCGCUCGACCUUCCCCAGCUGGAGGACCACCUCCUCGACCUCUUCCGCAGCAAGCUCGGCUUCGAGGCCCUGCAGAAGGAGACCGACUUCUUCGAGGCCGGUGUAGACAGCCUCCAGGCCAGUACCGCCCGGGGCCACAUCCAACGCGGCGUCAACCUCGGCGGCAAGACCCUCGGCCAGAACGUCGUCUUCGAGUUCCCCAACGUCGUCGCCCUCGCCAAACAUGUCCACUCUCUCCGCACCGGCGAGGCCGCCGAGGCCGAGGACGAGAUUGAGGUGAUGAGGAAGCUCAUCGCAAAGUACUCCGACUUCAGCGAGCGCAAACCCGGCACCAUAACCCCGGACGGCGAGACCGUCGUCCUGACCGGCGCCACUGGCUCUCUCGGCGCGCACCUCCUCGCCCAGGUUGUGCGCCAGCCCUACGUCAAGACAGUCUACUGCCUCGCCCGAGCCUCUUCCCCCUCCGAAGCCGAGUCCCGCGUGCUCGCCUCGCUCGCACCCAAGGGCCUCGUCCUCUCCGACGCCGAGAAGGCCAAGGUGAAGUACCUCCCGACGAACCUUGGCCAAGCCGACCUCGGGCUCACCCCCGAGGCGGCCGCCGAGCUGCGCAAGACGCUCACGACAGUCAUCCACUCCGCCUGGGCCGUCAACUUCAACCUCGGCGUCGCGAGCUUCGAGGCGCAACACAUCCGCGGCGUUCACAACCUGCUCAACAUCUGCCUCGGCGCCGAGACGGUCAACCCUGCGCGGUUCUACUUCUGCUCGUCCAUCUCGGCGGCCGCGGGGACACCUAUUCCUGCGCGCGUGAAAGAAACGUAUGUGGAGAACCUCGAGCACGCGCAGAACAUGGGUUAUGCGCGGUCCAAGGUUGUGACGGAGCACGUCGUCAAGGCGGCGGCGACCAAGACCGGGAUGACGGCGCGUGUGUUGCGUUUGGGACAGAUUGUGGGCGAUUCUGAGGGUGGUGUUUGGAACCAGACGGAAGCCAUUCCGUUGAUGAUUCGCAGCGCCAAGGUGAUUAAGGCGCUGCCUGCUCUUGACGAGACCCCUUCAUGGAUGCCCGCCGACAAAAUGGCCCUCGCAGUCCUCCAACUCGCCAACCUCACCGGCAGCCGCUGCUCCUCCUGCGGCGCGCCCCCAGCAUCCCCCGACGACGCGGACCUCAGCCUCGUCUACCAGGUCCAGAACCCAAAGCUCUUCCACUGGACCUUUGACUUCCUGCGCGCCCUCCGCGCCGCCGGCCUCGAGUUCCAGAUCGUCUCGCAGCGCGAGUGGGUGCGUCGCAUGCGCGACUCGGACCCCGACCCGGAGCGGAACCCGACGUACAAGCUUCUGCGCUUCUUUGAGGAGAAGUAUGACAACGACAGGCCAGGUCGUGAGGGGUUGGUGUUUGAGACACAGCGGACAGGAGAGAGGAGUCCUGCUGUUGGAGAAGGAUGGGAUGUUGUGGGGAGCGGGCUUGUUGAGAAGAUGGUUAGGUGGAUGGAGACGCAGUGGUAG